GGGGGGGCACGCACGCUGUGUUCGUACACCGCUGGGAAAUGGAUGGAGAGCGCUGUGGUCCCACCCUGCCGUCCGACCGACCUGCUUACUCUACUUACAUAGCUGGGUCUCCAGCGCCCCUCCCAGAGCUCCGUAUCGCAACUGCUGCUGGAUAUCCUCCAAUCCUCCCUCCUCCCGUGCAACCUCCCAGAGAUCACUUCCAUUCCGAUCCACCGUCAUGGGGAAGAACGUAUUCACCGUUCCGGUCUUCUUCAUCGUCUUCCGCGAGACGUUCGAGACGUCUCUCGUCGUUGGGAUCCUCCUCUCGCUGCUCAAGCACACCGUGGGCUCCGACCCGGCGCUGCACAAACGGCUCGUGCGCCAAGUAUGGGCUGGGACGAUCGCAGGCCUGCUGAUCUGCCUGGUCGUCGGCGCAGGAAUAAUCGGGGCGUUCUAUAGUCUGCGGAAGCGCGAGCUAUGGUCCAAGAGUGAGGACCUAUACGAGGGGAUCUUCUCACUUCUCGCGUCGAUAAUAAUCACGCUUGUUGGCGCCAUGAUCCUAAGGAUCAGCAAGAAGCAGGAGAGCUGGCGAGCGAAGAUGAUGGCGAAGGGAGAGAGGGGACUCAAGGCGAAGCCCAGGAGCUAUGCUAUGUUUAUCUUGCCGCUGGUCACCGUGCUGAGAGAGGGCGUUGAGGCUGUCGUGUUCGUCGGCGGCAUUGGGCUCUCUGAACCCGCGUCCGCGUUCCCGCUCCCAGUCAUCACUGCGCUCAUUGCCGGAUCCGUCAUUGGCUGGAUGGUCUACCGCGGUGGCGUCACAGUUGGCAUAAAGUGGUUCUUGAUUGCUAGUACUGUGGUGCUGUACCUCGUCGCCGCAGGAUUGCUGAGCAAGGCUGCUUGGAGCUUCGAUAUGUAUGAGUUUGCCAAAGCCGCCGGCGGCGAAGUAUCCGAAUCCGGUGCGGGCCCGGGCAGCUACAACAUCCACCACAACGUCUGGCACAUCAACUGCUGCUCGCCCAAAUUUAACGGCGGCGGCGGCUGGGGAGUAUUUUACGCCAUCCUGGGCUGGCAGAACUCCGCCACCUACGGCUCAGUGCUGACGUACAAUUUCUACUGGAUCGUAGUGUCGGCGUGGUUCAUCAUCAUGCGUUUCGAGGAGCGCAACGGCAGGUAUCCGUUCAUGAAGGCGCGCGAGGCGCCCGCCUCGCCGUCGGGCAGCGAGUCGCCACCGCUGGGUGAUGUUGAGAAGCAGGGAGCAAAGGUUACGGAGGCUACGGAGGUGAAAUAGGAAUAAGGGUGAUUUGAUGGGUGGGAGAGGAUGGGGGGAUGGGGGACAUGUGUGCGUGGGUGAUAGUUGGUUAUGUCGAGGGUUUUUGAGACAGUACUUGUGUAAUGUAACCAUGUGCGAGGUCGCUUGAGCACAGCGAGUGUCAGUCCAUUAUUUGCCAUAUCAGGUGUCCACCCAC